AUUUAGAAACUAUCGAACUAGAAAUACUCAUAGUAUCGAGAGUAAUUGACCUCACAAGGAACGAAGACUUAUUUACAAAAUUAUUAUCUUUUGGAACGAAACAAAUUUUAUCAAAGCACUCGUUCCGUAAUAAUGAAUUUCCAAACCAAAUUGGCGCAAUGUUGGAUGAAUUCGUAAGCUCAUAUAGAAAACUAAGAACUGAUUUCGAUCCAGCUUUAAUACGACCUAUAAUUUUUCCCCAAGGAGAGAUGAUUCUCGAAACUAGACGCAUUUUAAUGACAACUUUUGACCUAUUAGAAGGAUUGCGUCAUAUUUGGAGCUGUAGAUCAUUGUUAACAGAAGAUGAUUAUAGUGAGAAUGCUUAUGUAAUUCAUGCGGUAUCAAAAGAAAAAAACCAGGAUCUACAGAUUUUAUUGAAAUUAGAUAUGAAGGAAAACGAGUUAGUUCUAGUGGAGAUUUCACGUUCAUUUCCAGAACAGGAUAAAGAAGGUUUGGAUUCGAAAAAGCUGGAAAAAUUCCCGUGCUAG